AUGAAGAAACCCCAACUAAUAGAGUGGAUGAAGUUUCCCAAUGUGCGGGUGUUUAGAAAAUUAUUGAGGGAAUACCACAUAAAGGAAGGGUAUACAUUCACAUUUUUGAAGAAUGAGUCUACAAGAGUGACUGUGAAGUAUGCACGUGAUUGUGGCUUUAGGCUUCAUGCCUCUCCCAUGUACGAUGAUAAAUCCUUUCAAAUUAAAAAGAUAACGCAAAUGCAUAAAUGUACUGGGAUUUACACUAAUAAUAAUGCAACCUCAUCGUGGCUUUCCCAAAAGUACAUAACCAAGCUGGUUGAUGCUCCUGAGACUAAGGUCAAAUCAAUGAAGAACAUAGUUAGGAGGGAGUGGCUGAUAAAUGUUUCACAUACCAAAGUCUAUAGAGCAAAGAGAAAGACACUUGAGCUAAUUCAAGGAGAUGAUAGAAAACAAUAUUUGAGGUUGUGGGAUUACUGUGAGAUGGUUAGGAUACAAAACCCAAGUAGUGUGGCUAAACUGAAUGUUGAAAGACCCUUGCCUGAUGAAGGUCUAGUGUUUCAGAGAAUGUUCAUAGGUUAUGAUGCACAGGUAAAUGGGUUUUUAGCUGGUUGCAGACCUAUAAUCGGGUUAGAUACAUGUUUCUUAAAAGGCCCAUUUGGAGGUCAAUUGAUGCAUGCAACUGCAAAAGAUGCCAUCAAUCAGAUAUUUCCUUUGGCAUUUGCUGUUGUUGAAGCUGAAACAAAAGACAGUUGGACUUGGUUCUUGGAAAAUCUAACCGACAUGAUUGGGAAUCCAAAGCAAAAGGGUUAG